AUGAAGAGCCCAUUUGUCGGAUGGAUGCUAUCCAUUAUCUUGCUGACCCCUUUUGCUGCGACAAACGGUCUUCCCUCUAACAGCAGCAUCAUCGUUGAUACGGCGCCCAAUUCUGUGCGUCCAUAUGUCCUUCCGAAAUAUAAGGGAGAUGCAAUAAAGCUUACCUCGUCCCAAACGAUCCGCUUCUCCAUCACUGCCAACUCGUCCGACGGUGCCUUUUCGUUGCUGCAACAUAACGGCAAAGCUUCAGGCUGGUUAUCAGCUCGGCCACACACUCAUGGAGUGACACACGAGCAUCUCUACUGCACCCGUGGGCGUUGUCAGCUCUGGGGACAGAAGAAUGCCACCAAUUCCAGCCACGAGGCGCGUGUCGCUACACCUGGUGAUUACGGCAAUAUCCCCCCAGGUUCCAUCCACACAUUCCAGCUGGUCGAUCCUGACUCACAACUUACGCAUGUCUUCCAUCCUGGCGGUUUCGAGAAACUCUUCAAGGUCUUCAGCCAAGGAGACCACGAUACCCAUGGCAUCAGCGCACCCUAUGUUCCCAUUCCAGAUGAUCCUUCCCCCUUCGGGCCGAUGACGCCCCGGGAAUACAACAUCCUCGUCUCGUUGGACCUGUACGCAGCACCAGAGGAGGAAUAUAUUCCGAGGCGCGACUUUGUGAAUGGCACAGCUGGUGAAGGCAAGCAGUCUUGGCACGGUGGGCCGAACACCCCUCCCGACGAUUCGAUGACUCCAUACUUCGUUGCCAAAGAUUACGGCCCGAAAUAUCUCAACACUGACAUCGGUUACAAGGUUAUCCAGCCGCUCGCAACCCCCACACAAACAGAAGGGAAUUUUACCAUGGGAACCAUUAUCAUGUCAAGUAAGCUGACGAACGAGUCCAUCUCGACGGCGACAUUGCCGCAUCACUUUGCUCUCCAAAUGGAGGAGGGCCAGCUUGCUUUCCAGGUACAGGGCUAUGAGUUGGUGCAUUUGUUGCAUGGUGAUGUGGCGUUUGUCCCCGCCGGGGUGUCCUUUUCAUACUAUGCCACUGUGCCCUAUACCAAGUUUAUGUAUAUGAAUGCAGGAAGUAAGGGGUUGGAUUACCAGUUAUUGAGGAGGAGCGUGUCCUGGGACUUUCCCGCAUAUCCCAUAUCUCCCGGGUUUAAGGCUAACAUUACUGGAAGCAAGUUUACCCAGCUGUGA